CCCAACAAGCGAUGGUAUUCUCGUAGUUUACCCAAGGAUUUGGUGGCAUUCUCGCCGAGUAAAAGCAAAGAAAGGCUCAAGGCAAAAGUAAAAGGGGAACACGGUAACGCGGAUAGCACAGAUGGCGAUUUCCACACUGCCCUUCUGUCUCUCUUCGGCUUCACCUAGGAUUGAGAUAAGAGCUAGGAAUCAAUGGGGGCCGAGCUGCUCUGUUCGCGCACAGUGUACAAAUCGUUGGCAGGUAAUAUCUCAAAUACAAAAGGACGGCCGUGGCAGGCGAGUGUGGCGGCGAAGGAAAUUGACGAAGAAGGAUGACAUGUUGCGCUACAAAAUGGAGCGGAUUCCCUUUCUUGAGGAGCAGGUGAGGAAGAUAAAGGAAACAGGAAAGGUGUUGACAAUGGACAUUGAAAGAUUGUUGCUAUCAGAGGAUAACCGCUUUGAUUUUGUGAAUGAGGUGGCUGCCGAGGCCAAUGAAUAUGUUGAGAACAACCGGGACGAGUAUGGAGGCAGGAAAAAAGCCAUCCUUCAUGUGCUCAGCAACCGUAUUAAUGAUGUUGGGUUUUUCCGACCAGAGGCAUACGAGGAAUCUGACCCCUUUAAGCCUGGCCCCGAUUACUUGAAAGAAGAAUUUACAUAAGCUGAAAGUUGUAUAAUUGUCAGUUUCUUCGAGACUUUAUUCUAUACUUUCCUAGACCUUUCUAUUCUAUUCAGCAGUUAGUUGUAUGAGCUUGCACUGUGAGUGAAUUAUGAGAAUUUAUACUUUUAUCGCA